GGGCAACUUCAGGAGACUGCCACUUUUGACGACAGCUUUUGCGCUCCUGGCAGCUCGUUGUUUGCUUCGCUGAGAGCUGAAAUAUUACCAUCGGUGCUGUAUCUCAUUUUUACACGUUCUUCUCUCGGCGGCUUCCCGCCGAAAUAUAGCACACGCCAUGCCAGUCGUCAAAGGAGGUGUUUGGACCAACAUCGAGGAUGAGGUUCUCCGUGCAGCUGUCUCCAAAUAUGGCCUCAACCAGUGGGCUCGAGUAUCAUCGCUUCUUGCAAGGAAAACCCCGAAGCAAUGCAAAGCUCGCUGGGUCGAAUGGCUAGAUCCCGGUAUCCGCAAAGUGGAAUGGUCUCGUGAGGAAGAUGAAAAGCUUCUACACCUGGCGAAGUUGAUGCCCACACAGUGGCGUACUAUCGCGCCUAUUGUGGGCCGAACAGCAACGCAGUGCUUAGAGCGCUACCAGAAGCUUCUUGACGAAGCCGAAGCUCGCGAGAAUGAUGAGCUCGGGCUGGGUGGACCCGGAGCUGAAUCGGCCGCUCCCAGCGCCGAUGACGUUAGAAGGUUACGACCCGGCGAAUUAGAUCCCGAUCCAGAGUCCAAGCCUGCGCGACCCGAUACGAUUGACCUUGAUGAAGAUGAGAAGGAGAUGCUCAGCGAAGCUCGUGCUCGCCUGGCGAAUACCCAGGGAAAGAAAGCUAAGAGGAAGGCUAGAGAACGUCAGCUGGAGGAGUCGCGCAGAUUAGCAGUACUCCAAAAGCGCCGUGAGCUGAAGAACGCGGGUAUCAACAUCAAAGUCGCCACCCAUAAGAAAGGUGAAAUGGACUACAAUGCAGACAUCCCCUUCGAGAAACCAGCCGCGCCGGGAUUUUAUGAUACGGCAGAGGAACAAUCUAGGAACGAGCGGCAGCGCGAGAUGUUCGACCCUCGGAAGCAACAGCUAGCGAACAAGCGCAAAGGCGACCAAGAAGAAGAUGCCGAACGCAAGAAGCGGAAAAAUGAUAAAAAUAGCAACUCUGCAGCGUUUGCUGCUGCAGCGAGAGCUGGGCAGAUGCAGAAGAUCCGUGAGGCAGAGCAAAGCAUCAAGCGAAGAGGUCUAGUUUUGCCUGCUCCUCAGGUCAGUGAGAGCGAAUUAGAAGAUAUUAUCAAGAUGGGGAUGGCUGGCGACAGAGCAAGCAAGAUGGCCGGCGACGAAGAGACGACCAGAGGGCUUCUGGGUAAUUACUCUGCGAUCGUUGGUGGUACUCCAAUCAGGACGCCUCGCGCACCUCCUGAAGAAGAUCAUAUUGCCAAUGAAAUCCGGAAUAUCAGAGCUCUCACGGAAACACAAUCGUCUCUUCUUGGCGGAGAGAAUACGCCUCUCCACGAAGGAGGGUCAUCGACGGGCUUUGACGGCAUCGCACCUCGGCGACAGGAAAUCGUCACGCCCAAUCCUAUGGCUACUCCAUUCCGACAGGCCAAUGGAGUAGGCGCCACACCUAUGCGCGGAGGGGUUGGCCCCGGAGCUACCCCGUUGCGAACACCCAGAGAUCACUUUGCACUGAAUCGUGAGGGUGAAGGCGGACAGCUUAUCAGCAGUACACCACGAGACAUUCGGAACCAUGAGAACUUCAUGCGCCAGCAGAUCAGGAGCAAGUUGGCAGCUCUUCCGAAGCCCAAAGAGACCGAAUGGGAGCUGGAAGAGCUUCCCUCGGAAACCGCAGAACCAUCUGUAGCAAAGGAGUUUCUAGACGAAGACUCUGCAGUGCGUGACCAAAGGGAAAGAGAGGCUCGUGAAAAAGCCGAGCAGGCCGAACGCAAACGUCAAACACAAGUCUACCAGAGAUCUUUGCCUCGCCCCAGUAUUCUAGAUAUCAGCGCGUUGAUGCACCGAGCCUCGCAAAUUACAGACCCCAUCCGCAGUAUGGUAGCCAGAGAAGCUGCGAUCCUCAUUGCUAAUGACGCUCGGAAAUUCCCUGUACCAGGCUCCAAGAUUGAAGGGAAAGCCCCCAAAUUGGAAGUGCUGGACGAUGCGUUAGUCGAAGCGGCACGCGCAACUGUCGCGGCAGAGAUCGCUUCCUCGCAACAGGCGCAGGAAGAGUGGCAAAUCACUUUCGAGGAUUCCUGGACAUCGACACACUCUACAUCUCUACCGGGCCUCUCAAACUACGCAGAUGAAGACGAGGAUGUUUUCCAGCAGGAGCAGCGCAUGAUCAACUCCUUCGACAACGUACAGGCUUCGCUGGUCGCCACAGCAGAACGGGGCAACAAAAUGGAAAAGAAACUCGCUCUGCAUUAUGGAGGGUAUCAAAAUCGUGCGAAGGUGCUGCGCUCCAAGAUCGUGGAGGCAAGCACUGCUCUCGAGAAGGCCCAGGAUGACCUUGAAUCUUUCCGGACCCUGCAGAUUUCCGAGGAGUCUGCUUUGUCUGGUAGACUGGAGAAAUUGCGGGAUGAAGUCGCGUUUGUCAUGAGAAGAGAACGGGAGGCUCAAGAGAUCUACAAAACUCGACAAGACGAGCUCGACGGGCUAAUCGCAGGGACGGGGACCGCGGAUUCCUUGUUUCAUAAGUCUAUGUACAACACGCUGUCGGAGACCUUUUUCUAUAUCGAGGCUGUAAACCAUACUGGCCGGGUGCGGUGGAUGGCAAAAAUGCGGAUGACCCAGAAAAAGACCAUCCGUUCUUUUCCAAGGCGGUCUCCUCCCGAGUCCAUUUCAGCCAGACAUCACCACCCGCAGACUCAAGACGAUCCCAUCUCCGAUCUGUUGGAUUCUUCCAUCCCCACGGACUAUUUCCAUCGCGAGAAAACAGCGAGCUCGACUGGAAAUCGGCGAUCGCUCGCGAUGGGGGGCAGAGAUGAGACCGCAGGCACCCCAGACCCGGUCGAGAAGGGGUUCGCCACCCUGAGCACUUUGAGGCUGUCUUCUGGCCUAUGGGUCGGUGUGAAGGCUAUGAUCCAGAAGGAUGGAGAGCUACGAAAGGCAGAGAUCCUGUCUAUCCGGCAGCGGAAGGAUGGCCCUACUUUCUAUGUUCAUUAUGUGGACUUCAACAAGCGUCUCGACGAAUGGGUUGCUGCAGCAAGGGUCGAUCUGUCUCUGGAAGUCGAGUGGCCUCAGCCAGAGAAACCAGAGAAGAAGAAGACCGGCGCCGCCAAUAAGGCACCAAGUAAGAACACUCAGAAGCGGGCGCGAGCUGGCAGUCGCGAUGUCUCUGCAACGCCAGAUCUCCUCACUGGCAAAAACGUCAACGUGGGCAAAGUGCAGCGGCCUUCCAAGGCUGGUGGGAAGGAAAAUCGCGAUGGUACACCCGUGACCGUUUCUCAUCUGGGUUCUGAGGCAGCAUCUGCGCCCGACUCUGAGGAUGUCGACAUGGUUGAUGCCAGCUUCGACACCAAAGCUGCCAAGGAUGAGGAACAGGUCAUGGAGAUGUCCCGCGAAGAAGAGAUCGAGAGACUCCGGACGAGUGGCAGUAUGACACAGAACCCUACCGAGAUCCACCGCGUUCGCAACUUGAAUCGUUUGCAAAUGGGCAAGCAUGAGAUCGAGCCCUGGUACUUUUCGCCAUAUCCUGCCUCUUUUACAGACGUGGACAUGAUCUACAUCGACGAGUUUUGUCUGAGUUACUUUGACAACAAGCGUGCCUUCGAACGACAUCGAUCCAAGUGCACCCUCGUCCACCCGCCGGGUAACGAGAUUUACCGGGACGACUACAUCUCCUUUUUUGAAGUGGAUGGCCGACGCCAGCGGACCUGGUGCCGGAAUCUCUGUCUUCUCAGCAAACUGUUCCUCGACCAUAAGACACUCUACUACGACGUCGAUCCCUUCCUGUUCUACUGUAUGACCACCAGAGACGAGACCGGGUGUCACCUUGUCGGCUAUUUCUCCAAAGAAAAGGAUUCGGCAGAAGGAUAUAACCUGGCUUGUAUCCUCACGCUUCCUCAAUAUCAAAGACGGGGCUUCGGUCGUCUCCUCAUGUCCUUCAGCUACGAACUGAGCAAGCGAGAGGGCAAGUUAGGGUCGCCCGAAAAGCCGCUCAGUGAUCUCGGUCUACUGAGUUACCGUCAAUUCUGGCGUGAAACUCUCGUCGAGUUACUGAUAGAACCAGGCCGGGAGGCCAUCAGCGAGAACGAGCUGGCAUUAUUGACCUCCAUGACCGAAAAGGACGUUCAUGAGACGCUGGUCGUUCUGAAUUUGCUCCGAUAUCACGACUGCGCGCCACAGAAGGGAAACUGGGUCAUUGUUUUAACAGAUCAGGUGGUGGACGAGCACAAUAAGCGCGUCGAGAAGGAAAGGGCCAAGGGGUUCCAUAAGAUAGAUCCCGCACGUCUGCAGUGGAAACCCCCUGUGUUUACUGCGUCCAGCCGGACGUGGAACUGGUGA